UCCGCCGCUCCGCAGAGCCCGGCAACUUGCUCCGCGGAGUGCGGGUCUCCCUCCGGGGUUGUGUGUGUGUGUGUUUGUGUGUGCGCUGCUGCUGCUGCUGCUGCUGCUGCUGCGCGCGCGCGCGGGUGGUGUUUUCCUGGGUCUGCCGGAGAGGAAGGGGGAAGCCCUUUGGAAGGUGGAUCUAGUCCAGGCUUCUGCAGAACUUCGCCCCUUUGGACCGAGCAGGUCUCCGACUCUCCCUCCCCCCCCCGCCCCGCAGCCCGCUCCUCCUCCAGCCGCGUCGCCCCUCGGGCUGCUGCCCCCAACCCCGCCCUGCCCGCCCUGCCGCCCCCCAAGCUCAGCCCUGCAAAAUGGAUGUACGGUUUUAUCCCGCUGCCUCGGGGGGCUCCCUUCCCGGAGACCCUUCCAGCCUGGACUUUACCCAGUGUUUGGGUUACUACAGCUACAACAAGUUUGGCAACAAUAACUACAUGAAUAUGGCAGAAGCAAAUAACGCAUUUUUUGCAGCGAAUGAGCAAACAUUCCAUACCCCAAGCCUUGGAGACGAAGAGUUUGAGAUUCCGCCAAUUACGCCCCCACCUGAACUGGAUCCCACGAAUUUAGGGACGGCUGAUAUUCUCCUGCCUUUCCAAGGCCUCAGUGAUCAGUUGGGGGCCCAAGGAAAUGAAUUUACCCCUCAGUUCCCCCCCCAGAGUUUGGAUCUGCCUUCUAUUACAGUGUCUCGAAACUUGGUGGAACAAGAUGGCAUUAUCCAAAGCAAUGGAUUACAUAUGGAUCAUACCCAUACGGAAAUGCCUCAGUAUCGGCAGGACCAUCCUUUGAUUAUGAGAUCUGUUGUCCACAUGACGGAAGCGACUCGUUCAGCAAUUAUGACUGCUAACCAGCUUACUACUAUUAACCAGUCCCAGCUAAGUGCUCAACUGGGAUUAAAUCUAGGGAAUACCAACUUGCCACACACUUCUCCUUCCCCUCCUGCAAGCAAAUCGGCAACUCCCUCGCCAUCCAGUUCCAUCAAUGAAGAAGAUGUGGAUGACCCCAACAGGGCUGCCGGAGAAAAGCGAGCUGCCCCAGAUCCUGGCAAGAAGCCCAAAACUCCGAAGAAAAAGAAAAAGAAAGAUCCGAACGAACCGCAGAAGCCCGUCUCUGCCUACGCCCUCUUCUUCAGGGACACGCAAGCAGCCAUUAAAGGCCAGAAUCCCAACGCCACUUUUGGUGAGGUUUCAAAAAUCGUGGCCUCCAUGUGGGACGGCUUAGGAGAAGAGCAAAAACAGGUAUAUAAAAGGAAAACAGAAGCUGCCAAGAAGGAAUACCUCAAAGCCCUGGCAGCCUACAGAGCUAGUUUGGUGUCAAAGGCUGCUGCCGAGUCAGCUGAAGCCCAGACGAUCCGGUCCGUCCAGCAGACUCUGGCCUCUACGAAUUUGUCCUCUUCCUUGCUUCUGAACACCCCUCUUUCGCAGCACGCAACGGUUGUCCCCUCCCCACAGACUCUCCCGCAGUCUCUUCCCAGGGCCAUUGCCCCCAAACCUUUAAGCAUGCGGCUGACCGGGAGCCCCAUCGUUGCCCCCACCUCGGCUGCCUCCAGUGGGCCUACAAACAUGUCCCCCUCGCUGACCAGCACCAUGACGACCAGCUUGGCCGCCACGCCGGCUUCGGCCCCCUCCCAAGUCAGCCCUUCUUUGCAAAGCCAGCAACACCAGCUGCAGCAGCUGCAGCAGCUGCAGCUGCAGCAAAUGCACCACCAGCAGAUGCAUCAGCAGCAGCUGCACCAGCAGAUCCAGCAGCAGAUGCAGCAGCAGCAUUUCCAGCACCACAUGCAGCAGCAGAUGCAGCAGCAGCUGCAACAGAUCCAGCUGCAGCAGUUGCAUCAGCAGCAGUUGCAACAGAUGCAGCAGCAGCAGCAGCAGCAGCACCCGCCACAGCCCUCCCCGCAGCAGCUUUCCCCGGUUUCCUCGCAGAUCACCUCACCAAUCGCGGCCAUCGGCAGCCCACCCUCCGCCAGCCAGCCCCACCCGUCCCAAAUACAAGGCCAGACGCAGACUCCGCUCUUAUCGCAGGCCGGCAUUUUCUGAAGAGGCGCAAAGUCGGCCGUGCUUUGCAUCGCGGAGGAAGCAAAGCGGUGCAUCGGGCGGACACUGCGCAUUGCUGAUGAGGAGUUAUGCGGGAACGCAUAACACAUAAAGAGACUUCUAAGCUGUCUAUUAGAUAGGCAAUAAAGAACUACAGUGUAGCUGGGUAUAAUCCUUUAGCUGAAUUAUAAAUAUUUGUUUCCCAGGGUUCCUUUCCCUUCCUGGUUCCCUUCGCCCUUCUUCGUUCCCUCCUGCCUUCCUCCUUUGCCUUUCCCUUCCUCCUUCUCUUCCCAUCCCAUCCCCU